AUUUCACUUCAACCCAUUCCCUGCUUAUCGCGUCGACAACGAUCUAUCUUCCGUGCAUGUGGACGACGCCAUGGAGUCACCGCGUGUAUCUUGCCAUCAUGACAUGUGCGUUCUACAUUGAGUGUUGCUAUGCGCUGCUGUGGGAGUUUCUCGAAAGCCCAGGCUCGUGGCACAAGUACACGGAAGUCCGGCCUCUCUCCGAGGCAAUCUACGGCCAAAUCUUGCUGUGCGUGGACAACAGCACGGGUGACGCGGUCGCGAUCAAACGUGCGAAGGCUGUCAACUGCAAGUUUCAUCGGCCCGUGUCCAAGUCGCUCCAUCACAUGGUGGCUGUGUACGAGGACAUCGAGAUGGAGCGCGUGAUCCUGCGCGACUUGAACCACCGCCACGGCGGGCACCCGCACAUCCUCCGGCUCCGCGACGAGUUCCUCGCCAACGGGUGCCACAACUUUGUGCUCGAGUACUGCCCCCAGGGCGAUCUCAUGGACAUGCUGUUGGUCCAAAAGCGAUUUCCAAUCGACCAAACGCAGCGAUGUUUUCGCCAAGUCGCAUCCGCCGUGCACUUUAUGCACGCCUGUGGCUACGCCCACCGCGACCUGUCCUUUGAAAACGUGUUUGUGGACGGCAAAGGCCAGUGCAAACUCGGCGACUUUGGGCUCGCCAUCGGACUCGACGCCCGCCCGCGGCAUCCUGCCGGCAAGUCGAGCUAUGCAGCUCCAGAAGUGUACAUGGGAAAGCCGUAUUCCCCUGGCCAUGUGGAUAUUUGGGCGCUCGGGAUGCUUUUGUUUAUCAUGUUAACCGGCGAACCCAUGGCCGAGAAGGCUGUCGUAUCCAACGCCAAGUUUCAACACCUGGCGACCCAUGGUGUCGAGUACGUCAUCGCAGCCAACGCCACGUGGCACGCCCUGGUACCGCCGCAUUGCUUGACCCUUCUCGUGCAAAUGCUGCACUUGGAACCGUCCAAACGCUUGGAUAUCGAGUCGGUGGUAGCCCAUCCGUUUGUGUCGACAUGUGCCUAGUUGAAGUUCCAAUGUUAUAGUUACCACGUAAAACUGCAAUGUGCACUUUCGUAAGAGUGGUGGUUUCGGUCCAGCAAGUCGG